AGAUUUUUUUUUCGAUAUGGAUCGGACUGAGAAAGAACCCGACACAAGACCGCUCCUGCCGUACGCUGAAGAUGACUUCCCUCGGACCACACCCCUCGCCGGGCCGCCCGAGUGCACGCUGAACGACGCCUGCACUCCUCCCCCAAUCUCGCCCAGAGACUCCGAGAAGAAUUGCAGCCUUCGCCAGAGUCUGGACGGUUAUCAUCAUAAGCACCAUGAGCAUCUGCAGGAGGAGCACUAUGUGGCCUAUGCAAGACGGUGGUACAUCCUGGCCGUCUUCUCGCUUCUCUUUGUCUUACAGGCGGCUGCCUGGAACACGUGGGGUCCCAUAGCUGAUACCACCGAAGUAGUUCUACGGUGGACCCAAGCGGACCUCGACUUGUGCAUCAACUGGGGGCCAAUCACGUACGUCGUGACGGGAUUCAUCUUUUCCUAUAUACUGAAGGUCAAAGGACUACGCUUUGCUGUGCUGUGCAGUGCUUUACUCUUCCUGUUCGGCAUGGGUUUACGUUGCAUUCCAGUCGGAAUGGAAAACAUCAAAUGGACGGCCAACAUUGGUCAGGUCUUUGUGGGCGUGUCAGCACCCAUUCUCCAAGCGGCACCGACGCAGCUCUCGGCAGUCUGGUUUCCACCUCAUCAGCGCACUACAUCUACGGCUAUAGCCUCCACGGCAGGCUACUUCGGCCUGGCUUGCUCUUUCCUGAUUGGUCCGAACAUCGUGAGCGAUGUGCCCAAGAAUGUCACAGCUAACAACAUUACAGCGGAGAGUCGAACACAACACUUUGGCGAAAUCAUGAACCUUCUGUACAUAGAAUGUGGAAUGGCUGCCGUUCUUGUGAUCGCCGCCAUGUUGUAUUUCCCUGACAAGCCACCGACUCCACCAAGCAUAUCAGCCAGCGAAGACCGGGAAAGCUUCCUGUCUGGUGCCAUAAGUCUUCUGAAGAACGUGCAGUUUUGGAUUCCCGCCCUGGCGUACAGUGUGAGUACGGGAGUGUACGCGGGAUGGAGCACGCAACUGGACGUCAUCUUUGACAAGUCUCUUGGCGUUAAGCAGGACACGGUUGGAUGGAUCGGCUUCAUCGGAAACCUGGCGGCGGUUGCUGGUGGAUUGGCCUUCGCAAGGUUAGUUGAUUACCUCGGAGGUCGCAUGAAGUUGAUUCUUAUUUUGAUGAUGAUUGGCUCGGUCGGUAGUUGUGUCUGGUGUGUCCUGCUGUCCAUGUCCUACAUCUCGUUCAACUUACCGAGUCUGUACAUCUCCUGUAUCAUCAUCGGUUUCUUCAUCAAUGCCUCCAUUCCCAUCUACUUCGAGGUGACGGUAGAGGGCAUGUAUCCCGUCUCCGAGGGAACCAUCACCAUGCUGAUGACGUGGCUCAACAACGUGUGCGUGCUGGUCUUCCUGCUCCUACCGCAGAUACACGGCAUAGGAGUGGUGUGGAUGAAUUGGAUGCUCCUUGGGUCAGUGGUCAUUUGCGUCCCGCUCCUCUUGAUGUACAAGGAGCAAUAUAAGCGGCUCAAUCUCGACACGAAGGACGAGUAAACACCGGCCCGCACGAGCAAAGCUAUAAAUAUAACUUAGGUGCCAACGACUUUUCAUUUUUCUUCUAAACACAUAAAUUGUUGACUCAGGCUGCAGCUACUGUUUUUACUACAUAAUCACAAAUAACAAAAAUGUCGAUUCUUCCACCACUGAUAAUAAGCAUAGUUGAAGCCAGGAUUUUUCCAAAGUGAGUGCAAAACAUUAGCAUACUAGCAAAAUAGCCGUGAAAAAAUCGGAAAAGUUGGGUGAAGACGACGCCUGAUGAUGAAGGCACUAUUUCAAAACAACUUUUUACUAUAUAAAGCCCUUUCGGCAGCAGUUUAUGUUACAU